UGAAAACUGAAAAUGGAAGAGUUGAGAGAGGACUAAGUUAGAGAUUCACAUUUUUAGCUCAAUACAAUCUCUCAACAACGAAGAGAAAAAAGGAACACAUUCUUCUUCUUCUUCUUCUUCUUCUUCUUCAACUCACUUCAAUUUACCAACUACGCUUUCAACCCUCUUCCUCAUUUUCCAUUCACCUCUUGGAUCUGACCUCACCUCACCUUCAUUCUCACUUCAACUUCUUAACAAGGAUUGAAGAAUGGCGAAAUCAAGACAACGCUAUUCAGUUCAGGAUCCAUCUCUAUCACCCACCAAUACUAGAACAAGGGAGGAUGACCAAUCCAGAUGGACCGAGUACUUGGGGCCAGAUAUGACUUCUCCAGUUGCAGCUCGGAAUACUAGAAAUACUGGUCAUGAUGGUCAGAACCCCAUUUCAGUUGGCUCCCUUAAGGGUUUGAAUGUUCAGUGGGUGUACCAGCUUAUUGAAGUUGCCGAAGGUCUUAUGGCUAAAAUAUAUAGGCUGAAUCAAAUCUUAGACUAUCCUGAUCCAGUUGCUCAUGUAUUUUCUGAAGCAUUUUGGAAAGCAGGAGUUUUCCCCAACCAUCCACGGAUUUGCAUAUUGCUCUCUAAAAAAUUCCCCGAGCAUUUUAGCAAAUUACAACUUGAGCGUGUUGAUAAAAUUGCUCUAGAUGCUAUCAAUGAUAGUGCAGAACUUUAUAUUCAGAGUCUGGAACCGUGGGUUCAGCUGCUGCUUGAUUUGAUGGCAUUUCGAGAGCAGGCUCUGCGACUUAUUCUGGAUAUUAGUAGUACAGUCAUAACUUUAUUGCCCCAUCAAAAUUCAGUGAUUCUGCAUGCUUUUAUGGAUCUAUUUUGUUCCUUCGUCCGUGUUAACUUGUUUGCUCAUAAGUUGCCGAGGAAAAUGAUGCUUCAGAUUUAUAAUCUAUUGCACGCCAUGACAAGAAAUGAUCGAGACUGUGAUUUUUAUCAUCGGCUGGUUCAAUUCAUUGACUCAUAUGAUCCACCUCUGAAAGGACUACAAGAGGAUCUAAAUUUUGUCAGUCCACGCAUUGGAGAGGUCUUAGAGGCAGUGGGUCCUAUUAUUUUUCUGUCAACAGAUACAAGAAAACUUAGAAAUGAAGGAUUUUUAAGCCCAUAUCACCCUCGAUACCCUGACAUACUUACGAACUCUGCCCAUCCAAUGAGAGCUCAAGAUCUUGCAAAUGUCACCUCCUACCGGGAGUGGGUAUUGUUGGGGUAUCUUGUUUGCCCUGAUGAGCUGCUUCGUGUAACCAGCAUUGACAUUGCUCUGGUUGUACUAAAGGAAAACUUAAUUCUUUCAUUAUUCCGAGAUGAGUUCAUACAUCUACAUGAGGAUUAUCAAUUAUAUGUUUUGCCAAGAGUAUUAGAAUCAAAGAAGAUGGCCAAAUCUGGGCGUACAAAGCAGAAAGAAGCCGAUCUGGAGUAUAGUGUUGCCAAACAGGUUGAAAAAAUGAUCAGCGAGAUCCAGGAACAGGCAAUAGUGUCUUGUGGUGCCAUACAUCAUGAGAGAAGAAUAUUUCUCAAGCAGGAGAUUGGAAGAAUGGUGAUAUUCUUUACUGAUCAACCGAGUUUAUUGGCCCCCAAUAUUCAGAUGGUGUAUUCUGCAUUGGCUUUAGCACAAUCUGAAGUGACCUGGUAUUUUCAACAUGUGGGAAUUGCAUCCUCUAAAUCCAAAGCGGCCAGAAUUAUACCAGUGGACAUAGAUCCUAGUGAUCCAACUAUUGGAUUCCUGAUAGAUGGAAUGGAUCGUCUUUGUUGUUUAGUGCGCAAGUACAUUGCUGCAAUUCGAGGUUAUGCAUUAUCAUAUCUUUCUUCCUGUGCUGGUAGAUUCCGGUUUUUGUUGGGCACUCCUGGGAUGGUGGCUCUGGACCUAGAUGCCAGUUUAAAGGAUCUUUUCCAGCAAAUUGUUCUUCACCUUGAAAGCGUACCUAAACCCCAGGGUGAAAACAUAUCUACACUCACACGUGAUCUCUCAGAUUUUCGGAAGGAUUGGCUGUCAGUAUUGAUGAUUGUCACAUCUUCGCGGUCUUCUAUUAACAUUAGACACUUGGAGAAGGCAACUGUUUCCACUGGGAAAGAGGGCUUAUUAUCAGAAGGAAAUGCUGCAUAUAAUUGGUCCAGAUGUGUUGACGAGUUAGAAUCCCAAUUAUCGAAGCACGGAAGUCUUAAAAAGCUUUACUUCUACCACCAGCACCUUACAGCAGUCUUCAGAAAUACAAUGUUUGGACCUGAAGGGCGACCUCAACAUUGUUGUGCAUGGCUUGGCAUUGCCAGUAGUUUUCCUGAGUGUGCUUCGCCAAUUGUCCCAGAGGAGGUCACCAGAAUUGGCAGGGACGCUGUACUCUAUGUAGAAUCUCUCAUUGAGUCUAUUAUGGGUGGUUUGGAGGGAUUAAUUAAUAUCCUUGACUCAGAAGGAGGAUUUGGUGCCCUAGAGAUUCAGCUUCUACCAGAGCAAGCAGCUUCUUUUCUGAAUUAUGCUUCGAGAGCUUCAAUUCCUUUGACUAAAUCUCCAAAAGGAGCAGCUGGUUUUCCUUUACCUGGCUAUGAGAGCUAUCCUGAGAAUAAUGGUUCAAUCAAAAUGCUUGAAGCUGCAAUGCAAAGGUUAACCAAUCUAUGCUCUGUUCUGAAUGAUAUGGAGCCGAUAUGUGUUCUAAAUCACGUUUUUGUUCUGAGGGAGUAUAUGAGAGAAUGCAUCCUUGGGAACUUCAGGAGGAGGCUACUUGCUGUAAUAAAAACUGAGAAUGACCUUCAACGACCUUCUGUUUUAGAAUCUUUGAUUCGUCGGCAUAUCAGCAUCGUCCAUCUUGCGGAGCAGCAUAUUAGCAUGGACCUUACCCAGGGAAUGCGAGAUGUUUUGCUUGCUGAGGCUUGCUCGGGUCCAGUUUCAUCUUUGCACUCUUUUGAGAAGCCAGCAGAGCAACAAACAGGAUCAGCAGCUGAAGCUGUGUGUAACUGGUACAUUGAAAACAUCAUCAAGGAUACUUCAGGUGCUGGAAUUCUAUUUGCUCCAGUUCACAAAUGCUUCAAGAGUACAAGGCCUGUGGGUGGAUAUUUUGCUGACUCUGUCACAGAUGCAAGAGAAUUACAAGCCUUUGUUCGGAUAUUUGGUGGCUAUGGAGUGGAUAAGUUAGAGCGUAUGCUAAAAGAACAUACAGCAGCACUUUUGAACUGUAUCGACACAUCAUUGAGGUCUAACCGUGAGGUGCUCGAGUCAGUUGCCAGCAGUUUGCAUUCUGGUGAUCGAAUUGAAAGAGAUGCAUCCAUUAGGCAAAUUGUAGACAUGGAGACAAUAAUUGGAUUCUGUAUUCAAGCGGGUCUAGCUCUGGCUUUUGAUCAAAACUUAGCUGAAGCAGCUGGAAUUGUUCUUGAAGAUAGUGCACCCUUGAUUUAUUCAUUAUUAUCUGGGUUUGUUAAAAACAUACCCUAUUCAUUACCUGAAAGGAAGGAUAUUAGGAGAAUGAGAGAAGUGGCUAACGGUGUUGCAGUAAUCUCUGGUCAUGAUUCACAAUGGAUAAGAUCUAUAUUGGAAGAUGUAGGGGGUGCUAACGAUGGUUCGUGGGCUUUGUUACCAUAUUUAUUUGCCUCCUUCAUGACUUCUAAUAUUUGGAACUCAACUGCCUUUAAUGUUGAUACGGGAGGCUUCAACAAUAAUAUUCAUUGUUUGGCAAGGUGCAUCACUGCAGUGAUUGCUGGAAGUGAGUAUGUGAGAUUGGAUCGUGAACACGAGCAGAGGCAGUCUUUUCCAAAUGGUCAUGCUGGUGGAACAUUGAAUUCUGCCGAGGCUGAGAGUCUUUCAUCGGUUGAAGCAAGCAUAAAGUCUACAAUGCAGCUCUUUGUAAAACUUGCUGCUGGAAUUAUUUUAGAUUCGUGGAGUGAAGCUAACAGAUCUCAUCUUGUACCACAGCUUAUCUUUCUCGAUCAACUAUGUGAGGUCUCACCUUACCUUCCAAGAAGCUCUUUGGAGCCAUAUGUUCCUUAUGCCAUUCUACGUUCAAUCUAUAGCCAGUACUAUGCCAAUUCUCCAGGGCCAUUGGCGCUCCUCAGUCCUUCCCCACACUAUUCCCCCGUCGUGUCACUAUCUCAUGGAUCCCCUGCGCCACGCCAGCCUCGUGGCGAUGCUACUCCUCAGCACGGAAGUAGUGAUUUGAGUUACUUCAAGGGGUCAAUGAUGCAUGGUCAGAGUUCUGUCUAUGAUCAUGAUAGUGGAAGCUCAAGAAGCAUUGAAACUAAACACCGGAAUGCCCGUCGUUCAGGUCCUUUGGAUUACAGUUCCAGUCGGAAAGCGAAACAUGUUGAAGGUUCAACUUCAGGCAGCUCAGGUCCUAGUCCCCUUCCAAGGUUUGCUGUCUCAAGGUCUGGACCGCUAGCGUACAAGUAAAUGUAAAACUGCCUUUGCCAAAUUAUACAUAAGUUAUCCUUUUCCAUUGUUCACUUUCUUUUGGCAUUGUAGUCUAUGAAUUUUGUUCAAAAGAUACUUCCGAAAUUGCUUCAGGCUCUAUGAUAGAUUAAAUAUCAAUCAAAUGAAGUAGUUCCUUCGAUCUUA